ACAAGUAACCCAAAGAAUAGUUAAUAAAAACUUAACGGUAUUAUUUUAUGGUAAACUUGUUUCCUUAUCUAGACAUGACGGGCCGUAGCGUUUUCCAUAACAACGCAAAUUUAAAGUCGUUUAUGUAACAUUAAUUUAUGCGUUUAGGUAGUUUAAUACAAAGAUUAUAGUGAAAUUAAUGUUUUUUUUUUGGCUUAAUGAAGGACGGAUGUUACGUGGUUUUAAAAAGUAGCCAGUGCCUAUGGUUAGAGAUAAAAGACGAUGCGCGACAUGAGAUUUGGUGCUCGCCUCAAACACCAUGAACUUCAAACUCCUCUUCUUGUGGCUCCUGUACUUCGUCCAAGGUCUGCCGCAUGGCUUGCAGUCCUCGCUCCUGCCUAUCUACCUAAGAUCUUCUGGCCUUUCUUUAACCAGAAUCAGCCUAACUAAAGCUCUUUACUUCCCAUGGAUACUCAAAGUACUGUGGGCGCCCCUUGUUGACCAGGUGGGCACUAAGAAGAGGUGGCUGAUGGGUAGUACGUCGGGCCUGGCCUUGGUGUGUCUGGCCAGCUCUGCCCUGUCUCCCGACAGCCACUUUCCCAUGGUCAUCAUGGUGCUGCUGGCCAUGAACUUUCUGGCGUCCGUGCAGGACAUUGCCGUCGACAGCGUGGCGGUGCAGCUCCUCCAGCGACAGGAGGAGGUGGGUUAUGGCAACAUGGUGCAAGUCGUGGGAUACAAGAUGGGUUCGGUGCUGGCCGGCGGGGGUUUGCUGGCUGUCAUGGACAUCGUGGGCUGGAGUGCCAUUUUCCAGGUGCUUAGCUGCAUGUACUGUGCGGUCGUCUUGUACAUUGUGAGGACUCCAUUUCUGAACAAAUAUCAAAUGAACCCACAUGAUGAGAAGAGGUGUCCAAUUGGAGGACUCAACCCCUGGAAAGUAUGGAAGGAACUGAUGACUGUGCCUGGGACCCUGUGGACUGUCAUUUAUGUCCUCAUUUACAAACUAGGUGAACAAGGUGCUGUGACCAUGUUUCCCCUCUUCCUUCUGGACCAUUACAUGAGUGCCCGGGAGCUGGGCAUCUGGAACGGAAUGGUGGCCAUGGGUUUUUCGGUGUGCGGCUCCUCUGUUGCCGGGAUACUUCUGGCCCGGCACAGCAUGGGCUACCUGAUGAGGAGUGCCUUCAUGCUGAGGAUGUGUAGCAUGGCCUUCCAGACCGUCCUCUUACUCCUCUACAGCCAAGCUUCCCUGAUGAAAGGUGCUGCCAUACUGAGUUUGUGUGUUCAGCAUUUUCUGGGUGGACUCAUCACCACUCUCACGUUUACCGCCAUGAUGAACUGCACGCAGAAAGCGGAGGAAAGCAUACAGGCCACUCACUACAGCUUUCUGGCAGCACUGGAGGUGAUGGGGAAGCUGACCUUCAGUGCCCUGGCGGGAUGGGUGGUGGACUGGCUGGGAUUCCCAGUCAGCUUCCUUAUCUUCCUGCUUCUGUCUGCUGCCGCAACGCUCCACGUCUGCAAAGCCACGGAGGGGGGGCAGCUGAAGCACCAGACUAGCUAACACACUGAUUGGGGUGUGGUUGGACUGGUUGGAGGGGUGGAGUUUUCUGCUGAAGCUCUUCCUAUAGGUGGCCUUCAAUAUGCUUCUGAUGCAUUAGGAACAUCCUGAUUUUUAUAUUAUUUUAAUCUAAGCUGCACAUGCAAUGAAUAAAACUCUUUGGAGAGUUUUCUGUAUUGUGGUUUGUGACAGACGGUUGGAUUAGAGACUUAGAAGGCAGUUUGAGAAUUAUUACGUCUGUUUUCUAGAAGAACGAGAGCGAGGACAGCUCUCCCUUGCAUGCUGUGUGUGUGUGUGUGUUACAGAAGGGAUGCCAGCUUCCCAGUCUGGCCUGCUGCUCCCCCGGGCCACAUUGGCCCUGAGGGGGGGGCUUCUCUGACAGCCUGUGGGUGAGACACCACAUGGUUUGCCCCUCUGACAGCACUGAGCCCCCGGCCCCAAAGUUGGGAAGCUGCUAGGCUCCUGAAGUACUGCAACUUUGAAAUUUAGUUUGAGGACCCAUACAUGUUCAGCACUGCCUCGUUCCGAAUCCACUCUAACUGGCACUGCUUAAUUCACUGGUUCUGAUAAUCCUGUGAUUAAGGUGAUGGCUCAUCAAUUUUAAAGCAUGUUCUCAAGCUGCAGAUAACCAAUUAGUGAAGCGGGUAGCUGAGCAGUGCACCCACUGACUCCCACUCGUUAUUUUUGCAUUUUCACGCUCCAUAUCCCUGCUAAUUCAAAUGUUUUUUGCUUGCUGUUGGCAGACUGUUAAUCUCAAUUUAACAACAACCAACCAUAAACAGGUAGUUUUAAUUCGGACGGCUAAUAUUGUUGAACUGUUUAGAAGUCAAGCUGUUUUAGUGCACGGUAUUUUUGAUGCAGUAGGCAUUUAAUUAUGCUCGGAUGGUGCAUGUGCAAUUUCAGUUCGUAAAAUUGCUAACCAGCUCUUCCCCAGUAAAGUAUUGUUGGAAAUUCCAAACCAAAUUAAUAAUUGUUAAGUUUCUUUUCCUAGAUGUUAUUUAUUAAUAAUUUAAUAUAACAUUAAAGAUUUUGCUUUGAAGGGUGGAAUGCUCUUUAACUCGUUUUGCCUUUUUUCCCUGAAAGGUUUUGCUCAUCGCAUAAGCAAAAUAACUUUUGAAGGACAUAGACAACUGUGGUUAAUUAAGGGGCAGCUGUGUCCAUUUUCAUGGCUCCCAACCACCAGCAGUUGAAUAUAACUGACUGACACAUAUCAUUGUCGUUUGCACAUUUACAGUUUUCAAUCUCUGUUUCAGUUCCUUAGUCAGAUUUCUUGUCACAAGAUAAUAUACAUCUUUAUUCCCAGGAUGUGACAUUUUCAUGCAUGCCUCCACCUGUUCAUUUCCUAUAACUGCUUCUACAUAAAUAGGACGCACUAUGGAGAACUGUCUUCAAAUUGAACUGAUGCCUUUAGACCAAGGGAGAAAAUCCCAUGCAGUUGGGGCUCUCUGCCUUUGAAGAAGCCGCUAGGACUGCAUUCUGACCUGCAACCCUCAAAGCACUAGGAUACCUGCAGAGGUUCUUUCCCAGUUCUCUAACAUUUACUUUAUAUAGGCUUUUCUUUCUAUAGUUUGUUUUCAUUUAUUAAAAUUCUGUAUUAACUUUGUAGUUUUGUAUCAUCUUGUACUAUAUAAUUCUUAUGCUAAGUGAUAUCACAAAGGCAGCUUUUCACAGUAACUGGCUGUCCAUUCAUUUGGAUCAAAUGUAGGGCUUGUUAGGGUGGUUAGUCCGACAGGAGCUGGGAAAUGGUCAAAUGGUCAUAGUGUUUAUGUUAUAUUUACUAUGUACUUUUUAAAAACCAUGUACACCUGAGUAGUUUAAGUCAGUCUGAACCGAAAAGUGAAUCAGAUGCUGGCAAAGCUGCAGUUCCUACCCUUCCAUGACAAACCUCAUCAUGCUGUCCUCAAAUAUAAAUGCCAUAGGACUAGAUCUGUAUUGUAUGAGAAUAUUCUUCAGUAUUGACCAAGCCCAGUGAUUUUUUUUCCAUAAGUUCCCCGAGGUGGUACUAUAUGGCUGCUGGUCAUGUACAGAAUAGGGAACAAGACACCUUCCAUAACCGCUAAUCUGAAAUGGUAUUGCAGUUGAGCCUGGAGCCUUGUAACACACAGGACACCAAGCAGGGACUGCCAGUUUACACACAAUGGGCACUUUAGAGACAAUGAUUUAGAAUCAGGAUAGUUUUAUUAUCCCGGAGGAAAUUGUCUAAAUUGAUUCUAUUUACCACAGGAUGCAAUGCAGCGUGAAGUUACAAUGCUACCUACUGAACCUCCGCACUGCCCGUGUGCUUAUUAUUAAAACAGAUGUGUGUUGCAUUUCAAGUGUCAAUAUUCUGCGUCCAGUUAUCAGUUAUUGGAAAUCGGCUAAUGUAAUUUGCAUAGUUCUACUUUUUUGCAAGCAUUGCUGAAUUUGCAAAUGUAUGUUGGCCAAUUUAAUAUGGAAAGAUGUAUCAUUCUUUUAUAAUGUAUAAAAUUUUGCAGGAUUUUGGCGUCUCUGAAAGAUAACAAUGGAAGAUUCCGUUUCUGAUUAUUUUAUGCAUGACAGACUUGGAGAACAAAGUGAUUCGAACACGGAAUACUGCAUACAGUUAAAAGUGGUAAUGUAAAACUUGUUGCUUUGUUCCAUGGAUUGACAUGAAUCAUUAUUUGAAUGAUGUCACUAGGGAAUUUCACAGUUGCUGCCAGUUUUGUUCUGGAUAUUUGUCUGGUGAGUGUUAUUACGUAAUUUUAUUUAUGUAAGGUUUUCGUUGUCGUGUACGGACUGACAGGAUGUUCUCCGUGCAUUUUUAGCUCCCAGAUCUCUUCUGUCUCACAUUGGCUUCAUGGCUAAAAUGCGAGCCUGCACAGAAGCAGUCAGUAAUCUAAUGCAAGCCAUUUUGAGCCUUGCUGCAAUGGGAAGGGUCCUUAAUUCAAGAUAUUGCCAGGAGAUUUAAUACUGCGGUCACGAGACCCACAACACUGAAUGCUAUAACAGGAAGGAGCAAAGAAAAAAACAAAACGCCAAGCUUCUAUCUGAUAAACGGAUUAACGGAUAUGGUAAAAUGGCUCUCUUUGCCGAAUCCUUGCCUUGUACUGUAUUUGGUUUCUAUUGUGGAAAUGCGGGGAUUGCAACAUGUUUCUAACCAUGCAAACAAAAGUGUUUUGUCAGCGCCUGAAGGAAAAGGUGUCGGUUUUUAAGUUGGCUUUGUGUUGAGGCCUGCAGAAUGGGCUGCUGGACCCUUUGUCUUUAUGGGAAACUCUCGGCGACGGUGCAGGGUGACUGCAGUACCUAGGCAUUGGGUGUCUGCGCUUCCUCUCCUGAUAUUCAGACCUUUGUCAGUGCACAGAAAAAGAAAUAUCGGCAUGUUUCCAGAUCAGAUCUAUUUUCAAGUUCUGCUCUUCCCAUCUCCUCCUCUUUUCUUCUCCACUGCCCCCCCUCCCUCUUUAUUUGUUUUUGUUAAACUUUCCAGGACAGACCGUGUUCGUGAUACUAUUUAAAAACAUUAAAAGUCACUCCACACUCUGCGGCUUGGCACUGGGUACAUUGUGCAAGCUUUGAGGAAGCACACAGGCUGUAUCACUGCAGCGCGUCAUGUUGUGCAGGAUUUCAGGAUUUUGAGGAUCAGAUUGUUGUUUUUUUUUUUUAUUAUUUUCUAGUGAUAGAAUAACUUGAACAAAAACACCUUUUCCUUCCCUUAAAAGUAGGUGCACUCAAAAAAAAAAUGUCUUAUUCUGCCUGACUGUGUCUGGAGAAAACAUUUGAAGAGAGCAUACUUUAAUGUAGCAGAAGACAUGAAAAAUCCAUGUAUUUUAUAUUUGUGUCUGUUCACAGUAUCAGUUUCACAGGCUAUUUACAGAAUAUGACAGCUUUGUUCUAAACUCCACCCAGACAGCAGAAAUUACUAUGGCAAACAGUAGAUUCAUCUUACCCACCUGCUUACUGUAUAAAAGGCUUUAAUUGAAGUUCUUUAUUCUAUGUGUGUAGGUCAAAUUCAAGCAAUACUGUAUUGCUUAUAAAAAGAAACCCUGAACCAGCUCCCAAAAUAUUUUCAAUCUGUUCAGCAUGUUAUAGUAAAAUGCCAUGAUUGUUAUUUUGACAUUUUAUGACAGUUGGGGACGAAGAUGUUCGUAAAUCUUAAAAGUCAUCGGUCUGAGUUUUAAGGUUUUGAAUAAAUAGUAAUUUGGGGAACCAAAGUAACCAGAACAUGAUAAAAAUAGCAGAAAGUAAAGUGGCUCAGCAGUAGUGGGUUGGGAGGAAGCACUGGCUUAGCUGCAAAGCACUCACACUGACCCUCAAGCGACAGAGAUGUGACAUGGACCUAAGGUGCACUCUACCUGGGCCGCCAGUGUACAAAUGCCAGAACUGCCUGUCUUUCCGCAGUGUUAGGAAACCUUGGAAAACCUGCAAAGCCAGCAAUCUAUCAUCUAAUCCAUAUCAGUUUGUUCGAACAAACUAUCUAGCUCAGGAGGUGAUUUUUUUUUGUAAAUUGUAAGUAGAAUUGCAUAAAGGAAUAUUUUAAAAACAUAUUUGAAAGAGCAUAUAUCUGAAAGACUUAGACUGUAAUUUAAAAUAAAUGAGUCUAUACUGCA